AUGGAUGAUUGGGAGGCCGAUGACUUUCAACCACUUCCUGCGAAAGUUGAACUGAAAAGUAACUGGGAUGAUGAGGAUGUGGAUGAGAAUGAUAUCAAGGACUCGUGGGAAGAAGAUGAUGAACCUGCUCCGGCACCUGUUGUAAAGCCUGCUCCUGAGAAGGCGCCAAAGAAAGCAGUUGAAAAGAAGGCUAAAACUGUUGAAGCUCCAAAAAACGAAGAACCUCUAGAUCCCAUUGCUGAGAAACUUCGCAUGCAGAGGCUUGUGGAGGAAGCUGAUUAUCAGUCAACUGCUGAACUCUUUGGAGCAAAGACUGAAGCAAAAAGCGUCGAUAUGUUUAUCCCCAAGUCCGAGAGCGAUUUCUUGGAAUAUGCUGAGUUGCUUUCUCAUAGACUGAUACCAUAUGAGAAGAAGAAACUGCAUUUGGAUAAGCCUGAUGAUGAUCUUGUUGCGGGUCCUUAUGGCGCAAUGGACGAUGAUGAUUUCAUGUAA